AUGGGGAACAUGGAUGGGAAGUCCGUGGAGGAGCUGAGCACUACCGAGUGCCACCAAUGGUACAAGAAGUUCAUGACUGAGUGUCCUUCUGGCCAGCUCACCCUCUAUGAGUUCAAGCAGUUUUUUGGCUUGAAAAACCUGAGCCCAUCAGCAAACAAAUACGUUGAGCAAAUGUUUGAGACGUUUGACUUUAACAAGGAUGGCUACAUAGACUUCAUGGAGUACGUGGCAGCUCUGAGUCUGGUGCUGAAAGGGAAGGUGGAUCAGAAGCUGCGGUGGUAUUUCAAGCUCUACGACGUGGAUGGGAAUGGCUGCAUUGACCGGGGAGAGCUGCUCAACAUCAUCAAAGCUAUCCGAGCCAUCAACCGCUGCAACGAGACGAUGACGGCUGAGGAGUUCACCAACAUGGUGUUUGACAAGAUUGACAUCAAUGGAGAUGGUGAGCUCUCCCUGGAGGAGUUCAUGGAGGGUGUGCAGAAGGAUGAAGUGCUGCUGGACAUCCUCACCCGCAGCCUGGACCUGACCCACAUCGUCCGCUUGAUCCAGAACGAUGGCAAGAACCCACACGAGCCCGGGCAGGAGGCAGGGGAUGCCCAAUAGGCUCCUGGGCACCUUCUCAUCAUCUCCACCUUUCCCCCCCGCGUUAUUAAGACGAAUCAGACUGUGGCUGUGGGAGCUGUGGAGCUGUUCCAGCACCGAUAUCACCAGCAAUAGACUAUCCUGCUAGUGCAGGGACCAGGAUCUGCUCCAGAGGUGCUGCUCCUC